UCGCUGGUGGCGCGCAGGCGUUUUGAAGGAGAAUCGCCUGGUGAGUUCUUGAAGUCCGAGAGGAUUCCUGAAAGCAGGAACAUUCGCUGUGUCUCCCCCCCACCCCCUUCCCCCGGUGCCGAGAGGAUUCUGCCUUCCGCGGCGAGCCCCCAUGUUGCAAAAGCUUCCCAUAGCUUCUGACUGGGGGUGUUCAUGCUAGUUCCUCCCGUGCCUCCAUUCAAGAACGGCCUGUUCUGUUUUGUGACAGAAAGCUGGGCUAUUGCUCCUACACACGCCCCCUAUCUGGACCUCUGUGUGUGUGUGGGGGGGGGGUUAACCUUCCCUAUAUCUUCCCCUAUUCCCUAUUUUGGGGAGGAGACUUCCAGGAGCACGUGCAGAGGUGUGCAUUUCUGCUUUGGCAGGUCUGUAGGUGAAGCCAGGAUGAAGCUGGUGCGGAAGGACAUUGAAAAAGACAAUGCGGGGCAAGUGACCCUCAUUCCUGAAGAGGCCGAAGACAUGUGGCACGCCUACAACCUGCUGCAGGUGGGUGACAGCUUGCGAGCCUCCACCUUCCGCAAGGUGCAGACUGAGUCUUCCACGGGCAGCGUGGGCAGCAACCGCAUCCGCACCACUCUCACACUGUGCGUGGAGACCAUUGACUUCGAUUCGCAGGCGUGCCAGCUGCGUGUCAAAGGCACCAACAUCCAGGAGAAUGAGUAUGUCAAGAUGGGGGCUUAUCACACCAUUGAGCUGGAGCCCAACCGUCAGUUCACCUUGGCAAAAAAGCAGUGGGACAGUGUGAUGCUGGACAGGAUCGAGCAAGCCUGUGAUCCGGGGUGGAGUGCCGAUGUGGCUGCGGUGGUGAUGCAGGAAGGGCUGGCCCACGUCUGUCUGGUGACCCCUAGCAUGACCCUGACCCGAGCCAAGAUCGAGGUGAACAUCCCUAGAAAGCGAAGAGGAAAUUGCAGUCAACAUGACCGAGCGCUGGAGAGAUUUUAUGAGCAGGUGAUGCAAGCAAUUCAGCGUCACAUCUCCUUUGAUGUUGUAAAGUGUGUGCUUGUGGCCAGCCCAGGCUUUGUCAGAGAGCAGUUCUGCGACUACAUGUUUCAGCAAGCCGUGAAGACUGACAACAAACUGUUGCUGGAGAACCGCUCAAAGUUCUUGCAGGUACACGCUUCCUCUGGACAUAAAUACGCAUUGAAAGAAGCUCUGUGUGACCCAGCUGUGACUAGUCGACUUGCGGAUACUAAAGCUGCUGGUGAAGUCAAAGCCUUAGAUGAUUUCUACAAGAUGCUACAACAUGAGCCCGACCGGGCUUUUUAUGGUCUCAAGCAUGUGGAAAAAGCCAACGAGGCCAUGGCAAUUGAUACUUUAUUGAUCAGUGAUGAACUCUUUAGGCAUCAAGAUGUAGCUACGCGGAGUCGUUAUGUCAAGCUAGUAGACAGCGUGCGUGAGAAUAUGGGUACUGUUCGCUUCUUCUCUAGCCUUCACGUGUCUGGGGAGCAGCUUGGGCAACUUACAGGCGUAGCUGCCAUCUUGCGGUUUCCUGUUGCUGAGCUUUCUGACCAGGAAGAUGAAUCUAGUUCUGAAGAAGAUUGAUGCCACCUUUCCCUUUAAUAUGAUAGGAUGAAUGCAGGACUUGGGAGCUGCUGCUUCUGCAUAUUGUGAGCCUUUGCACUGUGCCUUACAAAUAACUUUUGAGGGACAGUAUUUUUGCAAGUGACUUGCAGGGUGAGCAUUUGGUAUGGUGCUCAUUGCAGCAUAUAUUUAUAUAUUUCCCUUGCUGUGUUAUUGAUUACGAUGGUGGUUGGUGCGAAGAUGUAGAUCUCUGCUAGCAAAAGCAGACUGAGAAAAACCACUGAGUUUGCCUCCAUGGACCGUAUUUUGAACAGAAUAUAUAGCUAAGCAACUAACAUCAUUGAUGCUGUGUGGAUGGUGUACAACAAAAUAAACCAAAAC